AUGUCGUCGCUGCGAAACGCAGUGAAGCGGCGCGAGCACAAGGAGCGCGGCCAACUGCGCGAGCGCCGGAAGCUCGGGCUGCUCGAGAAGCACAAGGACUAUGUGCAGCGCGCGCGGGACUACAACCAGAAGCAAAAGCGGCUCACGGCGCUGCGGCUCAAGGCGGCGCUGCGCAAUCCGGACGAGUUCAGCCACCGCAUGGAGAGCGCCCGGACAGAGAGCGGCGUCCACGUGUCGACGCACAACUACAGGGAGCAGCUGGACACGGAGGCGCUGCGCACGCUCAAGUUGCAGGACUGGGCCUACUUACACAUGAAGCGCGCCGUGGACCUGCGCAAAGCGGAGAAGCUCAACUGCGGACUGCACUUUAUUGACGCUCCGAAGCGCAACAAGCACACGGUCUUUGUGGACGAGCAAGAGCAGGUGGACACGUUUGACGUCGCGCAGCACUUUGACACGGCGCCAGAGCUGGCGGACAGAGCGUUUAACCGCAUUCGCAGGCGCGAGUUAGAGACCGCGGAGCUGCCAGACUUGGCAGGGGACCGGAAGCACAAGUACAAGAUGCAGGUGGAGAAGGACGCCACGUAUCGGGAACUGAGAGACCGACUGGCUCGUGCCAGAAAGAUCGGACACAUGAGCGCGAAGUUGGAUCUGGAGCGCAAAGUGCAGGCCAAGGGGAAGAAGAUGAAGGUGAAGAAAGCGGAGAACGGACUGCCUGCAGUGUAUCGGUGGAAGCAACAGCGGCAGAAGUAG